CUUCUUUUACGUCCUCUAUUUUGUGUGCAUCCGUUCCACGGAUGGCUGGCAGGCCUGAUGCGGUGUGCAGACCAACAAGUCGGGAAUCAGGCGCUCCAGCGCGCAGCUGCACCCCGGCACGCAGCUGCACACCGCGAGGUGCAGGUGGCGCGCGCAGCUGCACCCCUAGAGGCAUAGAGCGAGUGCCGCUCUCUGCUCGCGCUUCGCCCUGCACACCUGACUUUGACGAGGAAGACGCAGAGGCCGCACUUCUGGCCGCGAGGAGCCGACGCGGUGUGCGGCUCUAUCCCUUCAACCCCCACUCCAAGUCGAUCAUCGACCAGGUGGUGUUCGGCCAUGAGCUGGAUGUCGAUGAGAAGUUUGAUUCUCGGCACUUUCAUGCCAUGUUCCAGGACUCUGCGGGCCGACCAUCCUGGAAGGGCCAGCUGCGCGGCAAGCAGCUGGGCCCUCGCAAGGAGAACGAGCCCUGGGGCCCGAUUGAGGAUCCGCGAACGAUGCCCAUCGUGCCAGGCGGCAGGAGGAAGUUUGCAGAGGCACCUGUGACCAAGUCCAUUGUGGACAGCAUCAUUUUCGGCCACGACAUCGACAUGUCCGGGGGCGAUCGGGAGAGGUUCGAAAGCAUGCAGGCAAUGCACGAAGGUUCGGCUGGUGCUCAUUCCUUUGUACGGCCCCACGGUCCCAGCUCACCGCGGACGGUGCAAGUGCGGCGACGUCACACCCGGCUGAGGCAGAAGGCCAAGCAGCUGACUGCGAGGCUGUACACGGCGCCGCAGGCCGUCGAGAAGCCGAAGGCUCCCUUGGCGACGCCUCGGCAUCCUGCGCGCGCCUGCGCAUUGC